GCAGCACCUCCUCAGUCACAAAGCCCGCAACAGUUCACUCGUUUCCUCGACAGCAGCCCAAUUCAUCGCGUCCCAAUUCAUCUCAUCAUUUCAAAGUUUUGCGCAUUUUAACAACACAAUCCAGUCCCCCAAAAGUUCUCAGACUCUUCCUACUUUUAAUCUGAGCUCUGAGCCGCUUUUUUCAAACAACCACACACUCAAAUCACCUCAGCGCAACCCUUCCUGACAAACACACCUCCCGCGGCAAUCGCGCGCUGCAUCAAUCCACCCACUGCCCCUCCCCCUUGCACACAGACAAUGCACGGCGACUCUGCGUCACCACCAAACCAGUCGCCGACAGCGAUGACAGCGAGCGGCGGGACAACUCCUUCGCCGUCCUCGACGCAGCAGCACUCGCAGCAGCAGCCACCGCAGCCACCGCACCACAGCUGCUUGAUCACGCCAGCCACGCCCGACACGAGCUACCCGCCGCUGAUGCAGCGCGGCCCGCUGAUGCGCGGGGUGUCUUUCCAGGACAUGUCGCCCGACGGAAGCGUUCGCCUGCCCGACCCGACCGUCUUCCCCGUCGCGGCCGCCGUCUCGUCCGUCGUCAAUGGGUUUGUCACACCCUCCGCCGCCGCCGCUGCUGCUGCCGCCGCGGCUGCCGCGCUGGUGGCUGCGGGCUCGACCAGCAACGGCCAGCACCGCAGCAGCCAGCACAACCAGCACAACCAGCACCCGCGGUUGUCGCUCCGCAUGCCCGCCGAGCAGAGUCCGCAAGCGCACAAGCAUCACCAGUCGCAGCCACAGACACCCCUGCGCGACGGGGCCGAGGCAGGCGCGGGCGUCCUCGCGUCGUCAUCCAAGCCUCCCGCCGCCACUGCCACUGGAGGUGACGAGGACGAGCAGCGGGACAUGCUGACGCCGCUUCCGACGCUCAAGAUGAACGUGUCGACCAUCAUGAGCUCGAAUGGCUUCUUUGAUGACGAGGGCAGCGAGUUUGACCCCGGCUUGGUCGAUUUGGACGCCAGCGAGUCCCCUGCUCCAGCAGCAGCAGACAGCUCGUCGGCCGUUUCGCCGCUCCAGCAGCAACGUCCAGCAUCAACAAGCACGCAAGCUGCCGCGUCGCCGUUUGAAAAGAGUCCGUCCAGCGCGCGGUCGCAGGUGCGAGCUCGAAACGCGGCACUGAAGGCUCGAGGACCCCUAUUUUCAGACGUGAGCGUUGGCAGUGGAGCUGGAGCGGACUUGGAUGCGUCGUCGUUGCAUCUCGACCUCGAGCAGGAGCUGGCCGCGAAUGGCGCCGUCCCCGAUUUCGACAAACAGCGCGCCUUCUUGCAAGCACUUGAGGCGACCGGCCUGCUUCCUCUGCAUGCUGACGAAGACGACGACGUGGACGAUGAGGGCGAUGACGAAAACGAAGCAUACGAGGACAACGAGGACGACGCCGACGACGACGACGGCGACGGCGACAAAGCGCCAUCCCGUUCGAGCACCCGCUCCUCCCCACGGUCCACGCCCAUGGAGGAUCUGACCGAGUUUGACAGCCACAUGGCGGUCUUCGGGCUUGACCACAUUGGCCAUGGCGACGAAGAGUACGACGAAGCGACGUGGAUUUCGGUGCUCGCUCGCGUGUUGCGUCGCUACCACCCGGUUGCCAUGUCUGACGCCGAGCAAUCAUCAAAGUCCACCAUCAAGGCCAUCCGCGCCAUGCUGCGACAACAGCGAAGCAACAAGGGGCUCCAGGCCAGUGAGAAUCCGGCGGCUGUGCUUUCGCAGCAGAACAACAGCAGGGUGGGGUCUAUUGAAGGCGCCGGUCGCAUUGUAGAUACCCAUCCUGCGGCCAACUCUCCUGCCGCGCCGACUGGCUGGCUAGGGUAUGCCAAAUCGGUUGCCUCGCGGUCGGCGAGCACGCUGUCUUCUGCUGCCUCUGCCGUUGCUUCCACCGUUGCGGCCGCCUAUCCGAACUCGGCUGCCUUUGCAACGCGCGUGCUGCAAUCGACGCAAGAGAUUACGUCUGAUGUCACGCGUUACUGGUGGAAGCAAACAAUGCAAUCCAAAUUCAUGCUCAAACGACACCUUCGCCAAGCCUUGGCAGCGUCCCAGUCGUACGAACAAUUUGUCGCGAUUGCACUCGAGCUCGAUCGUGUCGAAGGCAACACUGCAUGGAAGAUGACACACGAAUCGGCAGACUACGACUGCGAUCUCAUUUACAACCGCCUUGAAGAUUUGCGGUCUGCCCGCAAGUCCAACGACGUUGGUCGAAUGAUGUACCUGUUGCGCGCUGGUUUGCUCCGAAAUCUUGGCGGCAUGGGCAACCACAAGCUCUUUGCUUACACGAAUAUUGGCACCAAAAAACUGAUCGAACAGUACAUUGAAGAAGUCGUCUUCCAGCUCAAUUACAUCUGUGACAUUGAUGUGUCGGGCAUUUCCCUCAAGGAUAAGAUCAUGUUUUUCAACGAGACGCGGCACUCGUACGGUCGAUCUGCAUUGCUUCUCAGCGGAGGCGGCGCUUUAGGAAUGUAUCAUAGCGGCGUUUUGAAAGCUCUGUACGAGCUCCAACUGAUGCCAAGAAUAGUGUCGGGCUCGUCGGUGGGCUCCAUCAUGGCUUCCAUCUUGUGCUGCUCGCCUGAAAGCCGCCUGUUGCAUCUGCUGGAUCCGGAAAAUGUCAAUGUUAAUGCCUUUGAUCCUCCCGGACAGCCUUGGCCGAUGCUUCACAAGUUGAUGCGUUUGGUUCAGAAGGGCUACCUUUGCGAGGUCUCCGUGCUGGAAAACUGCCUCAAGCAGAACAUUGGCGAUUGCACCUUCCAGGAAGCGUUCAAUUUGACUGGUCGCGUGCUUAACAUUACUGUCAAUUCGACGCAAGAGUUUGAGGGUCCACGACUUCUGAACUAUCUCACUGCUCCGAAUGUGGUCGUGUACAGCGCCGCAACCGCAUCGAGCGCCUUCAGCUUGUUGUUUGCGCCCGUCGAGCUCCUUGCCAAGGACGCCAACGGCAACAUUGUCUCGUGGAAUCCUCCAGGCUCGCAAUGGAGCGAUGGCUCGGUGCAAAGCGAUUUGCCCAUGGAGCGGCUGUCCGAGCUGUUCAACGUCAACCACUUUAUUGUCAGUCAAAUCAAUCCGCACGUUGCUCCGUUCUUGCAUGGAGGCAGUCGGCUUCGCAAAGUCUUCCCAAAGCUGCAGGACAUGCUCGUAUCUGAAGUUCGACACCGCAUUCGUCAGAUGUCGCUGCUCGGAUUUGGCUCCAAGCUCAUUUCAAACGUGCAGUCCGUGAUGGAGCAACAGUACACGGGCGAUAUUACCAUCGUGCCGCGCAUUCGCUUCCAAGAUUAUCUGAACAUUGUCAAUAAUCCCACCCCCGAAUAUUUGAUGCAUUCUCAACAAGUUGGCCAGCUGACAACCUGGAAGCACGUCUCCAUCAUUCGCAACCACUGCGAUAUCGAGUUUGCGCUGGAUCGCAUCGUCACCCGUCUUCGAGAGCAAACCUUCACUGUCAACCAGCACAAUGGAAAUGGCGAGCGAUUGAACGGGCUCGGUGGGUCUUCGAGCAACUUGGCCAACAUGGUCGAUCAGUCGCUUCCCAGUCCCGGGUUUGCCAUUACUCCCUCCGCCUUCGCCCAACCGGGUCGGCCCUUCAACAACGAGGCGGAUGAGGAAGACGCUUUGCAGCCGUCCAGCAAGCAAACCACCUUCUUUUUCCCGGCCCAACAAUGAGAUGGAUGUUGCGCUGUUGACCUAGUGCUUAUUUUUCGAAUGUAUCAUCAAACAAACUCUUCCUUGC